AUGUCAGAAACAAAAGAAGACAAGCAAGUCUAUUACGGAAACUGCCAUUGCGGCGCUUUCAAGUUUUCAGUCGCACUCGCUCCGAUAAAGAAAGCCGCACGCUGCAACUGUAGCAUUUGUAGCAGAAAAGGCUACCUGUUUGGUGUGCCAGAGAGUGCAAACGACUUCAAGAUCGAAGUCGGGGAAGAUGUCCUCAAAACCUACUCCUUUGGCAGUGGUAUCGCUGAGCACAAGUUCUGUCCAAUAUGUGGUACGGGAAUCUUCGUCUCAGCACCCAAGAUGAAAUUCUUAGGCGUCAACAUGAACACAUUCAAACACGGCUCAGUAGAUAUCGACAACCUAGAAAUUAGCACAACCAACCAAGCAAACGCAGAACCAAAGUAUCACCCCUUCAGCUUACCCGAGGACCAAAAACCCUCUGUUUCAGAAGGUCAAAAACUGUACACAGGAAGCUGUCACUGUCAAGCCAUAAGAUACACAGUCGUUUCUGAAGAGAUCGACGAAGUCCGUACCUGUAAUUGCAGUUUCUGCUCACGUAAUGCAGAUAUGUGGAUCUACCCACCCAUUGCCUCCGUCGAUCUUCUAGGCACCGAAGACAAACUGACAGACUACCUCUUCGGUCCCAAGCGAGCUUAUCAUGGUUUCUGUGGUGCUUGUGGUGUUGAUGUCGUUAACAGGGUUGAUUUGCAUCCAGUGUUCAAGGCACCGGUGAGACCGAUCAAUGUUAGGACAAUGGAUGGUCUUGAUCUAGAGAGCUUGAAGGUUGACAAGGCUGAUGGAUGGGCUAUGAAUACUGGACCUUAUAAAGCUUACGAUGUUUGA